CUUCUGCCUCCACCCCCAGAGCCCCCACCAUUUACAAAGCACUGCCGCCUACGCGUGCCCGAUGGCUGACAGGCCUUCACCCCCAGCCCACCCCGAACUCUCCUGGCUCCCGGGACGCCUGUCCAGAGCAGGAGGGGGGUAGCUUAUACCCUUGGGUGACUUAACAUGCCCCUUGCCCACCCUGCCCGAGACCCACCAUUUCUGCCCCCUCAGCUCUCCCUGGAUCCGCUGGGUCCCAAGCGGGACUGCCCCCUGGCCUCCAAGGAGGAAGAGGAGGGCCUGUGGGGAGGGGGCUCUGGCCUCCCUCCCACAGGCUACUUCCCUGGCUCCUGGUGCCACGACGUGGGCCUGGACUGCAGGGGCGCCCCGGAAGGGGCAGAGGCCCGGGCCUGGACUGUCUACUACUACAGCCUCCUGCAGAGCUGUCUGCAGCAAGCUGGCCUUCCGGAGACCCAGGACCGCAGCCAGGUGCCCCGCACAGGCUGCCCUGGGGCGGAGGUGACCUUGUGCGUUCUGGGAUCCCCCAGCACCUUUCUGUCUGUGCUGCUGGAGGGUGGGGUGCAGAGUCCGGGAAACAUGCUCCUUUGCCUGUCCCCUGCCUGGUUGACCAAGGUGCCAGCACCCGGGCGACCAGGGGAGGCGGCCCUGCUGGUCUCCAAGGCCGUGAGCUUCCACCCGGGGGGCCUGACGUUUCUGGAUGAUUUUGAUCCCCCACGCUGUGCCACCUAUUUCCUGGCGGGGCUGGGGCUGGGGCCUGGCUGGGGUCGAGAGGCCGCAGAGCUAGCCCGAGACCUGACCUGCCCCACCGGAGCCUCAGCCGAGCUGGCCCAGCUGCUGGAGGACCGGCUGCUGACAAGGCAACUGCUGGCCAAGCAGGGUGGUGUGGCAGUGCCAGCUACCUUGGCUUUCAUCUACAAGCCGCCAGCACUGCUGCAGGGAGGGGAUGCCAGCCCAGCGCUCCGGGUGGUGCAGCUGAAUGGCAAAGAGGGCCAGGAGACCCUGGUGAAGGAGGAAGUGAGGGUCUUUCUGCACUCCCAGGCCCUGGGGGAUGCCCUGCAGGUGGCUGUGAAGCCCAGUGGCUGGCGCUGGCGGGGGCGGCAGGCAUUGCGCCUGCAUCCUCGGGCAGAGCUGGGCCCAGUGGUGGACACAGUGCUGACCUUGCUGGAAAAACUGGAGGAGGAGGAGAGUGUCCUGGUGGAGGCUGUGUGCCCACCUGCCCGGCUGCCCUUCCCAGGCAGCCCCCCGCCAGGCCCCGAGCUGGCGGUGCGGAUCUGUGCGGUAGUGUGUCGAACACAGUGCGACAGGCCCCUGCUGAGCAAGGUGGUGUGCAGCGUGGGCCGCGGGGACCAGCCUCUGCGGCACCGGACCUCCCUGCCGCGCACGCUGGAGGCGGCCCUGGCCCAGUGCGGCCUGGGGGAGGCUGCGCAGGUGGCGGCCGUGCGAGGGCGCGUCAAGGCGGCGGCCGAGGCCGCGCUGGCCGCCGUGCUGAGCCUGGAGGCCGGUCUGAGCGCGGAGCAGCGCGGAGGGCCCCGGGCCCGCACCGACGUCGUGGGCGUGGACUUCGCGCUGACGGCGGCCGGCCGCUCGCUGGUGCCCGUGGCCCUGGGGCUCAACUGCGGCCUGUGCCUGGAGGUGUGCGGCGCGCUCGAGGGGCUGUGGGCCGCGCCGCGCCGGGGGCCGGCCGAGGAGGCUGCGGCCGCGCCGCUCGUGGAGACGAUGCUCCGGCGCUCGGCGCGCCGCCUCAUGGAGGGCAAGCGGCUGCUGCUGGUCGGCGCGGGCGGCGUCAGCAAGAAGUUCGUGUGGGAGGCGGCCCGCGACUACGGGCUCCAGCUACACUUGGUAGAGUCGAACCCCAACCACUUUGCAUCCCAGCUGGUGCAAAGCUUCAUCCACUUCGACGUGACAGAGCACCGGAAGGAUGAGGAGAAUGCUCGGCUGCUGGCGGAGCUUGUGCGGGCCCGUGGCCUGCAGCUCGACGGCUGCUUUUCCUACUGGGACGACUGCCUGGUGCUCACCGCCUUGCUCUGCCAGGAGCUAGGGCUGCCCUGCAGCCCCCCGGCUGCCAUGCGCCUGGCCAAGCAAAAGAGCCGCACUCAGUUGCACCUGCUACGCCACCACGGCCCGCCCUGGCCUGCGCCCUCCCUCCACGCCGUGCCCUGCUGCCCGCUGGAGAGUGAGGCUGAUGUGGAAAGGGCUGUCCAUCAGGUGCCCCUGCCGGGAGUCAUGAAGCUGGAGUUCGGGGCGGGCGCGGUGGGUGUGCGGCUGGUGGAGGAUGCACCGCAGUGCCUCGAGCACUUUUCCCGGAUUGCCCAUGACCUGCAGGGUGAGGCUGACCACCCGGGCAUUGGGCUGGGCUGGGGCAAUGCCAUGCUGCUGAUGGAGUUCGUGGAGGGCACCGAGCACGAUGUGGACCUGGUGUUGUUUGGCGGGCGACUGCUGGCUGCCUUCGUCUCGGACAACGGCCCCACCCGGCUGCCCGGUUUCACUGAGACGGCAGCCUGCAUGCCCACUGGGCUGGCACCGGAGCAGGAGGCACAGCUGGUGCAGGCAGCCUUCCGCUGCUGCCUGGGCUGUGGGCUGCUGGAUGGGGUCUUUAAUGUGGAGCUCAAGCUGACCGGGGCUGGGCCGAAGCUCAUCGAGAUCAACCCCCGUAUGGGUGGCUUCUACCUGCGUGACUGGAUCCUGGAGCUGUAUGGGGUAGACCUGCUGCUGGCUGCUGCCAUGGUGGCCUGCGGCCUGCAGCCGGCCCUGCCUGCCCACCCCCGCGCCCGGGGGCACCUGGUGGGUGUCAUGUGCCUGGUGUCCCAGCACCUGCAGGCGCUGAGUUCCACCGCCAGCCGUGAGACCCUGCAAGCGCUUCAUGACCGGGGCCUGCUGCGCCUCAAUCUGCUGGAGGAGGCCCUGGUGCCUGGCGAAUAUGAGGAACCCUACUGCAGUGUGGCCUGUGCCGGGCCCAGCCCAGCAGAAGCCCAGCUCCGCUUGCUGGGCCUCUGCCAGGGCCUGGGCAUCGACGGGCCCCACUACCCUGUGGCCCACUUCCUGUCCCACUUUAAAUAGCACUGGGGCCUAGGGGCAGGGCAAAGGGCGGGAGUGGGCACAGUGGUGCCUUUCGCUCCCUGAUGCUCUCCCUGCCUCUCUCCCCUUGGCCCUGCCCCAGCCCCUUCCCAGCCUGCUCCAAGGCCUCACGACUGAUCCAGAGCAGCAGGGCCAUUUUGACCCCUAAGUCUCCUGGACUUGUGGGCCACAGAAGAAAGUAUCUGGGGUUGCUGGGCGCACUUGCCCUUCCAAACCCCACCCAUCCCAGAACAGCCCCAGGACCGCAGACCCCCCCCCCCCACACACUCAUCCCCUGAAUUUUCAGGGAGGUGGGAGCAGGCUCCAACCCAGCCCAUUCUCUCACCCCUCUGGAUGUGCCUCUCUCCCUGCCAUCUACAGGAGGAGAGAACAUGGCUGGCCGUUGGCCUUGAACAAAUCCCUACCUAACUUGAGACUAAACCCCUUGUAUUCUUACUCUCAUUUAACAAAUUUCAGCCUAGUUCAAGAGCCCACUGGCGACUUCUGGCAGUGCCCCUCCUGCCUCAUUUGACCUGAGCAGCAGAAGCAGGGGAUCUGGGGUCAUCGGCAGACACUGUUGCCCCAUUCUGCAGACGAGGAGACUGGCUCAGAGAGGGAAAACAGCCACUUCAUGGUCAUAUCCCAGGGGCCAGAGGGCUGAGGCACAGAGGCAAGGUCCAGGUUUCGGCUCUUGCUAAGUCUUACAUGCCUGCUCAGCUUCUAGGCCCUCUCAUCUCCCUGCCCUCACUCACGUGGUCCUGAGCCUUAUGAACCUUCUUUCCCAUGCACCACCAAGCUUCAGAGCUGCAGCCUCUGGCCCACUAACUAGCAUUGGCAGAGCAGAGUCUACGUCCCAGGUUCAGGGGAGGGUGCUUUCGGAACCCUUCCUCUGAACAGCACAGGGGCUGUGGCCAGCUCCAUGAGCACCCCACUCCAAAUAAAGGCUUAUGAACUAGUGAAAUGUCUGGAGUCUGGAUGGA